AUGUUUCCAUCUCGAGCUUCCAAUAAUAAUGACAGACUUGAGAAUACCGUGAACUAUGGACUUGAAAGGGUUUGGGCUGUUGGAUACAUGAAAGGUUCACGUCGGAUUGUUAUUGGCUAUGAUGAAGGAACCAUAAUGGUGAAAAUUGGACGUGAAGAGCCUGUAGCCAGCAUGGACCAUAGUGGAAAAAUUAUAUGGGCUAAACAUAAUGAAAUUCAAACUAUUAACAUCAAGAGUGUGGGAGCUGAUCAUGAGGUUUCUGAUGGAGAGAGGCUGCCUUUACCAGUUAAAGAACUGGGAACAUGUGAUCUUUAUCCACAAGUUUCGUUUUUUAGUGAUGAUGAAGAGACUACCAGCACACCAAAAGCAGAUGCUCUUUUUAUUCCAAGGGAGAAUCCAAGAGCUCUGGUUAUUCGCCCUCUUAAACAAUGGCCUGGCAAAUCAUCUGCUGAAAAAUUAAAAAACGCAUCUUCUCCAGCACAAACAAACGGCGCUAAUCAACCCGUAUCAGUUGCCAUUGAUGCCAGUGGCAUGGGUUUCCAGUUCUAUUCAGGUGGCGUGUUUACUGGGGAUUUUGGAACUGAUCUUGACCAUGGUGUUACAAGCUUGUUGAAUAAAAUGGAGUUAUAUGUGGUUGUGUAUAUACUUGCAAUCUUAGGCUUGGAUAGUCUACAAGGAAUCAUGCUGGAUCAAGGCAGCUGUAUUGAUACCUGUUGUACUUUUUGCAGGAAGGUGUGGAUUGCAUAUAAGGAAUCAAGGUAUGAAAAGCUGCAACGGUGGGAUGAUGCCCUUAAAGCAUACACUGCAAAAUCUGCUCAAGCAACAAGUCAACGUCUUAUCUUGGAUGCUACACUAGGUAAUUCAUAUUGUAGUGUAUUUAUUCCAAAUCCCAAAUUCUUUGGAUGGAGAGAAGGGUCACAAGAAUUAUCGGAGCAGGGGUUCAAUAUUAGUCUUAAAGAAGUAUGA